UGCUGUUUGAUAUCUUAACCUUUCGGUUAUUUCACUUGGGCUACUCUACCUACCAAAACAUUAGCAUGUUUUCCGAUUCAGAAACUAUGUCCGUAGCUCCUCGACCACGAAGCUAGCUCCAUACAGCCGCCAAUGAAAGCUACCGGAGGCCACUUUUCAGCCACGGCAUGCCCCGGAGAAAGAAAAACGGUCAAAGCCCGGCCAGAGUUCCCGGCGGACCACCAGAAGUAGGAACCCUCGGUAACAACACAGGACACCGACGACCUCAGGGAUUUGACGGCUCAAUGGCGAAUAACUUCACAUCCAGCACCUCGCUGUCCAGCUCAGCUAAGGAGGAUAUCGUUAAAAGUAUGCAGGAGAUGUUUUCACACCUCGACCCUGAAGUUAUUUACAUCGUGCUGUCCGAGUGUGAUUUUAAAGUUGAAAAUGCAAUGGACUCUCUCUUGGAGCUGUCAGUGGCUGCUGAAGUUGCAGCGCCUAUACCAUCUCCUGUCUCUGGCUUUGAGCUCACUGCUGCAGCCCUGCUCAGCCCACGUCAUCAUCCUGAGCCUGGGCCGGACACAGACUCCUCUACACCAUCACAGCUGACCUCUUCUCCUCCCCUCUUGACAGAGGAGCUGGACCUGCUCAUUGAUCAGGAGUUAGAGACUUUAACCAUGCAACAAGGCAUUAAUGAUGAGCAAAAGAGCAGCCAGUAUUUAUCCUCUUCUACUCUGCCACCUUUAACACAGCAGGACCUCCCAGAACUGCUUCAAUCCAGCCUGCAACCUGGAUCUAGAGGCUCCUCUGUCCAGCAGCAAGGCCCAGUGGGUGAUCAGGUGGAGAGCAUUUCUGGGACGACUUCUCCUCUCGACCAGCUCAGCACUUGGGAAGACAAGGUCACAGAGGAGCAGAAAUCAGUGGUGGAUUUCACACAUCUGAUGACGGAGACAUCUGCUGACACUCAGAAACCUCAAUUGGACUUGGCAGCGUCAGGACGCCCCUCAGCUUUCCAGGUGUAUAAAAAACAAGACUCAUCAAACCCUUCCACAGACAUGGCUUGGCCCAUUUUUCCUGAUACAGUUGUGAGCGGCGCUAGAUCUAAGAUGAACACAUCAAAUCAGGAGCUGCUUGGCAACAUGUCAUCACUAUGGAACCCAGAGGCACCAGUGUUUUCUCCCCGUUCCUAUGGAAACCAGGGGCCAGCCUUCAUUACUCCAGUGGCUCAUGCACCUUCCAGCUGGCCCUGCCUACCUAGAAAUCCCUCUCCUUGGCUUGGACAGGCUCCUAUAAAUCACGCUCCUUUAAAAUCUUCUGCUACUAUUCCUAAGUCCUGGCCCUUGCCUGUUGCUCCUUAUCCGCCUGCCCAUUAUGGCAGGCUGCGCCUAGAAGGGAAGGUCCUUGUGCUACUGCGUGGUGCUCCUGGGUCUGGCAAAUCAACCCUGGCAAGAGCCUUGAUUGAACAUAACCCGGAUGGAGUUAAACUCAGCACUGACGACUUUUUCACUCGGCAUGGAAGAUAUCAUUUUGAUCCCACUACACUUGGGGAGGCCCAUGAGUGGAACCAAAAACGAGCCAGGGAGGCAUUUGAAAAGGGCGUCAACCCCAUUAUCAUUGACAACACUAACAUGCAAGGCUGGGAGAUGAAACCCUAUGUGGCUCAGGCACUGAAACAUGGGUACAAGGUGCUGUUUCGAGAACCCGACACUUGGUGGAAGAACAAACCCAGAGAACUAGAGAGGCGUUCUACACACAAUGUACCAGUGGAGACAAUCCGACGGAUGCUUAAUGGAUAUGAGCGGUUUGUCACAAUCCAAUCCAUCAUGGGUUCACAGAUGCCUGAGUUCAAACAACACAUCCCUCAGGAGAACAGAAACUCACAGCCCAAGUCCUCUGGAACACCUUGUCCUGACCUUGUAGGACAGCCUGAAUUAACAGGGGGGUGUAAUACUACCCACCCAAAACUAUUCUCUUCUCUCCCCGACGUUUCAUCCAUUACUCUUUCUACUGAGAGUGGCAAGCUGGAAGACUGCUCUACCAAAUGUACAGAGUCCCUCGAUUUUCAGUCCACUGGAAGGCUUAUAGAAAAACCGGACGUAACAGACGGGGACGAUGAGAUGGACUUGGGUGAACUAGACUCUGAGUUAGAUGCACAAUUAGAGCUGAGUACUACUGCAGAUCUGACUAUCCCAGACUGUAUAGUGGAAUCAGUGGUGAAUGAAGAUCACCAUGGGGAAGAGGUGCCUGUGGCUUUCUCUGAGUCCAUUGGACAAAGAGUAAAGAGGGAGAGGACCAGAAGGAGGUCUGGUUUUGACAGCUUAGAGCCUGCAGAUCUGGUGAAAGACACCAACCAAUCAGAUGGGGAGGUGAAAGAGAGAGAAAAAGCAGAAGAUGAGGGAGCAGAAGGGAUUGGGGCAGAUAAGGGAACUCAAAAGAUGUUGCAUUUUGUAGGAGAUUGGCCCUCCGAAGGGUCACUUCAGCAGCGACAGGUAAGGAAAAGAGACAAACAUAAUGAAGGGAAUGAGAGGGAAGAUGAAGGUGUGUCUCAAGAGGUCAAAGAAAAUAAAGCAAAAGGGAAUGCGGGGCCAAAUGGGGCAGAGUUUCAGAGGCUCCUUGAUCUUGUUCAGACAGGUGUAGCUACUUUGCAGGCCAGCUCUUCACGCUCAUCUUCUGUGUCCCUGAGCUCUGGAGAGGAGUCUGCAAAUGAAGAGGAGGGAGAGGGGAGGUUUGAGGAAUCCAGUGGCUUUCAAUCAAACAGUGAGGAAAGAGAACAAAAUAUGGGCAUGCUUGACAGCAGCAGAGGUGAAUUACCUGACUGUGUGUUAGACUGGAAAGCAGCUGACUUCUGUAAGGUCAAAGAAUCAGCUGGAAGGAAUGAAAAUAUGUUGGGGAUCGACAGAGACACGGAGAUUGUGGAUUUUAAAUUGUCUAACCAGACAAACUUCCUCUCAUAUCCUAGUGCUGAUUCUCUGUCCAGCUCCAAAAUUGCAGAUGUGAAUGUUUGUAAGGAUUUAGAGGGAAGUCAAAAUCUUGAAGUUGAGUCAAACGCAAAGCCUAGUGCAGGUCAAACUGAUACACACAGGACUACACAGGAGUCCAAAACUGAGGGGGAUGGUGGUCACAUUUGUGAGAUGUCUCUUAGUACUCCGUGUGAAGCCUCUGUGGAAACAGAAAGCAGUGCCGUUAGUGGAGGCAGUCAGGAGAGGAAGCAGCGCCAGGGUCGUAGAUCGGGUAAACAGUGUAAACUAGCACUUACUUUUACACAAAACUGCCCUGCUUUUCCACCAGGUACUCUUGAGGGGCCCGAUAUCACAGCUAGUGGUACAAACAGCAGUCAGAAUAAUAUUAACGCCGAUGUUAAACCCAUCAGUACCACCAGUCUCAGCCUUCAACCAAACCAUGACCUGUUCACACAGUCCAGCUCUGAGGCACCUCUGAAGCCUCUUCCACCAUCUCUACUGGACACAGGCUGCCCCACACAGACAGAACCUCAAGACUUUGCCCUUCUUUGGCGUCUAAAUCGCCGAGAUAACCCUGAUGACACUGGUGUCACUUUGUGCAGUCACCCUAGUGAAAUCACAGUGCUGUCUGGAGACUGUUCUCGUUUUGUGCCAGAACUGUCCUCUGCUGUCUCAGCCGCAGUUGCAGUUCACCCGUCCAGCCACACAGAGGUGCCCUAUCGUGUGAUGCAUGAGAAGGGCACACAGGUGGAAGAGAGAGAGUUUGGGGCAACUCAAGAUCGGCUUGAGAGCCUGCGUAUUCUUAGCCGCCACUUUAAGUUGGUUAGUUUUGAUACAUUAGAAGAUCUGUAUGACAAAUGCCAACAGGACCUAGAAUGGACAACCAAUCUGCUGCUGGACUCAGGAGAAAGGUUCUUCAGAGAUGAGGAGGGUGAGAAAGAGACGGUGGUGGAUGAAGGAGAAGAGCAGAACAAAUCCAGUUUGUGUAAGCCUUUAGAUGAAGCAGUAGAAGUGAGUUUAUGUGCUUAUGAGUUGGAUGAGCGCUCCUCUGAAGAUUUAUUGAUUUCAGCUGAGAAAGGGGGUGAGCAGAUAGCAUUAAAAAAAGGUGAAAAGUUAAAUGAGAGCUCCAGUAAUAGUGAUGUGCUCAGUUCAGGGAGAGGAGCUGAUUCACUUCCAAACGAAGAUCAUUCACAUGCAGUGUCACAAAAAUCUCCUGGAUCAGAACAAAGUGCUUCCAAAUCAGUAAACAAAGGAGAGAGAUCUGGGGAAACUGAACAAACAGUGCUGUCAGAAGUAGACCUAGGAGACGGUGCUUGGGGUGUAAACUUUGAUGAUGGCGUGAUAAUCGAAGAUUCAGGAGUUGAGAUUAAAGAGGAAUUGGCUAGCAUGGAGGAGGCCCAGCGGCUGCUUCGGGCUGAGCUAGAAGAGAUGGAGAGAGAGGAAAAACAGAGGGAGAAGAAUGAAAGGCGGUUUAUGGAGGGGAAAAGGAGCAAACACCUGAACAUUGAGAGCGUGGAACUGAGACUACCUACUGAGGUGGCACUACAGCUAACUGAGCUGUUUGGUCCUGUUGGAGUAGAUCCAGGUUUAUGUUCCUCUGAGGACUAUGCAGUGCAGAUGGAUCUGAACCUGGCCAAACUGCUUCACCAAAAGUGGAAGGAAACCAUUCAGGAAAAGCAGAGACAAGCAACUCUAUCCUUUCACCUGCUUCAGGAGAGUUCAGUACACUGGGGUGAGCCACAGGAGGCCAAAUCAGGACCACAAGACCUGACACAGCCAGCACGUUUCCUGAUCAGUGCAGAUGGGUACGUGACGGCUGACAGCCAACCAGGGGCCCAGGGUCAGAUCCCAGUCAUGGACCACUGGAGAUUAUCCCGCUCACAAGUCUCUCUCAGAGAAAUAAUAAAAGAGGAACAGGCUUUGCAGGAAAAUGUGGUGAAGACCAGAAAGAGUCGUGCAGACCUUGACCGGCGGGACGGAGCCACCCGGUUAAAAGAAAACCAACUGUACUCCCUCUUUCCCACUAUAGACCAGCAUUUCCUCCAAGACAUCUUUAGAGACCACAAUUACAGCCUGACUGAGACAGAAGUGUUUCUUCGAUCUCUGUUGGAUGAGGAGCCCGUCAAGACAGUAGUUGCUCCAGAGGCAUCUCGGUCUGACCAGCACAGAGCAGCCAGCAAGGAGAGGGAUAAGAAGCAGAAGCCCAUGGACUAUAUUGCUCUAGACUAUCAGGACACAGAGGAUCCUGAGUACAAUGACUUUAGGGCGGAGGCCAACCUGCAGAGAAGCCGACAACUUGAGAGUUUUGGAAAGGCUGCAGAGGCCUUCAAACAAGGACGUAAAGAAGUGGCAUCAUUUUACGCACAGCAGGGACAUAUGCAUGGCAAACGAAUGCGUGAGGCCAAUCAUCGUGCAGCAGCUCAGAUUUUUGAGAGGGUCAAUUCCACACUGCUUCCAAGGAACAUCCUGGACCUCCAUGGGCUGCACGUCGAUGAGGCUUUGGAGCAUCUGGAGCAUGUCUUACAGACCAAAAUGACAGAGUGUGAGCAGGGUCUGUGUCAGCCUCAGCUCUCUAUCAUCACAGGAAGAGGAAACCACAGCCAGGGGGGCGUGGCCCGCAUCCGUCCCGCCGUUAUAGACUACCUCACCAGCAAACACUACAGGUUCACUGAGCCAAACAUAGGUCACGUGGUAGUGUGUUUGAAGUGAGAAGAACCUGCUUUAUUGGAUUCGAGCUGCUUUGAGGACAACACACACAUGCAGAACACACUCUCUCUCACUCUCUACCUCUCUCUUUGCUCAUUUAAUCAUUACAGUAUGGUACACUCAGCCUCCUGUUUUUUAAAGUCUGUCAGCCAGUUUUUGUUCUUCUCAUUCCAUCAUUACAGCCACUGUUAACAGGCAAGAAAAUGAGUCAAGUCCUGACCUUGGUGAGAUUAAGGUUGAAUAUAAUUCAGCUUUAUUCAUAUCUUAGUAGGCUUGAUCUAUGUUUAUGGCAGAUAAAUGCAUCAGUAUGAAACAGAGCAUAUUUACACAUAAUUUGAGUUUGCUGUUAAACUUUAAUGCAUGAACAUUUUACCUUCAAAAACAUUUUAAAGGUUGAUUUUGUUUUGCAUUAAUCUUUGUGCCUUUUAGAAAGAAUGAAAAAAAAACUUUUUUUGGGCUUCAGGUCUGAUGAGGCAUUGUAUAAAAAUUAAACCAUUGGGGUUUACUUAUUCAGAGUAAGGCUAGAAACAUAACAGGUGGAUUUUAUGGAAUUUUUUAAAAAACAUGAUAGCAUGCUGUCUACUUGAAGUUUGUUUCCAAGGAUUUCAAUUAAAAAAUUUUUGGGGAAGUGUUUUAGCAUUUAGUUAAAAAUGAGUCUAAAUUAGAUGCAUGCUGUCUAUUCAGGGAGAGUCGUGUGAUGAGGCUCCACAAAAGAAAGACCUUAAACAGCAGCAUUGUUCUUGGUUGUAGUGGUAUGGAGUGUUUUUUUUUAACAGGACGUGAACUUUAAUCUCUGUAUAGUCUCAUCAAACUCCAUCCUGACUUUGGCAGCUGUGCACAUAAUUUCCACAGGGUCUGUGUCCACAGUGUUUCUCCCUCUCUGUGGCUUUGCGCCCACUGAAAACACAUGCCCUUGCCCACUGAAGUACAACACAGCACAGAGCUGAUCGAUCAAAAGAUCACAAGUCCACAAAAGCUUGUUGUUGUGCCUUAAGGUUAGCGUGGUGAUGGGAUAAACUAUUGGCAACCUGUUUUUUAAUUUAAAAUUUUAACCUGUGCCCUGUACGUUCCUGUGGGUUGAUCUGCUCUGUUCAGUUUCACACAUGCUUAUGGUUGGCUUCACUGAACACACUCAGCACAUAUCUUAAGUAGAGCAGCACGUCACGUCUCACCUGCCGUAGAAAUAAAAAGAUUGACUAUAAAAUCUGAGAUUUGUUGGACUUCAUGACACAGAUGGAAAAUGUGGGAAAAUGCAGGCUCUUUUUUUCUUAGCUGCUGUCUCAUCACUUUUCCUCUUUGCUUUAGUUUAAUGCCAAGUAUCGCUGCAUAUAUACGAAUAUUAAAACUCAGGUAAAGAUUUAAAAGUGUUUCUUGUUGCCUUUCUUGGUAGCUUUUCUAACCUGAUAUACCAAAAUUUGUAGCAGUUUUAAUCCUCCGGUCACUACAAUAGUUUGUUAGUUUAAAUGGCUUCUGUUGGGGUUUAUUUUGUUUUUGUUUUUUUUUUUUUUAUCUUUGUGACUUUUUCACUGAAGUAGGAAAACAAUUCUGAAAGAUUUUAUUGAUUGUAAAUAAUUUUGUGAACACCUAAUUUGUAAAAAGAAAAUUGUAUUUUUGUAUUCUUUUGUUAAAUGGUUUUACAGAAACUGCUGAAAUAUGGAAUAAAACGCCAAAUAUUUACUUUUUGAAACUUGUCAAAGUGUGGGUCUUCAUCAGCCGUUCUUUUACUAGCUUAGGUAUAAGUCAUCACUAGACAGUUUCUGCACGAGAUCGGUUCACAUCAGCACGUAUAAUAUACUUAUUAAUCUUUUUUAGAAAUGUGUAAACAUGAAAUGUAAGGAGUUUUACAUGUGUACCUCUGCAUAAGAUCUUUAUAUGGGUGGUUUA